AAAUAAAACAGUGAGAAAUAAAAUUGUGAUUGUGAUGCUUUUUGUUGGGAGAAACUUGGUCGGUACUUAAUUAGUAUUUUAGAUGGCUACCGUCCAUCAUCAAGUUUGGAAGUGCGAAAGACGUUUUGGAAUAUUUUCUAUCACAUUAACCUAGGGCUAGGGGGUGUAGGACCUUAUUAUUGCUGAAGAAAUUGUGAAAUGGAUCCUGCUGAGUUCAUUAAAUGCGAAUUGGUGCCAAAACUUGUGAGUGAUGGUAAACUUUCUUUUGAUGGCGAUGCUGCAAUAAAGUCAUGUGAAGCAAGUAAACUUGGUGAAGAUGGUACUUUUAUGAGGACACUGUGUUAUCGUGUUAAAGUUGAGCUAUUUAGUGUCAAAUCGGGACUUACCCACCGAGUUUGUCUUGUUAUUAAGCUCACUCCACCAAAUACACCAUUGGAAUUUUAUGAAACGGGAAAUUAUGCUCAAUUGUUUGAAAAUGAAUUUAUAUCGUACAAUACAGUUUUACCACUUCUACAAGGUCUUGAUAUCUUCUAUCCCAAGUAUUUCUACAGCAGUCAGGCACCACAGAAAGAGAUAAUAGUUCUUAGUGAUUUCACAGAUGAGGGUUGGGCUGUUGCAAAACCAGUUACGAAUUUAUCUCUGGAAAAUAUUUUGGCUUCAGUGAAACUGCUUGGUCGAUUUCAUGGUUAUUCAUACGGUAUUAAGGAGACAAAUCCUGAAUUAUUCAGCAAAAUUCGUAAACAGCUCAAAUUAACAAGCUUCAACGCAGACACAAGCGGAAAUGAUGUUUGGGACAGAAUGAUGACAAAAUCAAUAAGGAGAGGGACUAAUUCCAUUAGGGAGUCUGAUGAGACACGCAGCGAGAUUCCUGAAGUGUUUCUGAUGGAUUUCGAGAAGUAUUUGGAGAAUCCCAUGAAGGUGCAGCGUAUUUUAAAUGAACCCUCAGAACCGUUGAGUGUUUUGUGCCAUGGAGACUACUUGAGCAAUAAUAUCGCCUUCAAGGAGACAACCGAAGCUGAUGGCACUUCCAGCAUCAUUGCCAUGAUGUUUGACUUCCAAACACUGAGAUAUUCAUCACCGAUGGUUGAUUUAGCCACAUUUAUAGCCAAUUCUACAGGAGUGGAUGUGCGAAAACCCCAUUUUGAUGACAUCUUCCGGUCUUAUCACACUGAAUUAGUGAAAGCACUCUGUGAAAAAUGGAACAAAAAUGAAGAUGAAUUACCAAGCCAUUACAGUUAUGGCAAUUUUCUCAAGGAAUAUGCAAAAUAUCUGCCAUUUGGCUACAGCAUAGCAGCAUCCUUUAUACCAAUGUUGCACUGCCCAGUUGCUGACCCAUUGGCGGAUAUGCAGGAAUAUUCAAUGGACAAUGAGAAUGUUGAUGAGUUGUUGGCUAAAAACCUAUCGAUUGGGGGUGAAAUUGUCAAUAGGGAACUUCGAUCUAUCAUCUGUGACAUCUACAAUCUCCAGAAAUUAACUGGAGUAACAUUUAAAUAAAUUACGUGCCUAUAUUUGAAGUGAGAUGGAGAGGAAAUGAUAGGAAGGCAUACUGACCACUUAAUUUAAUAAGAGAAAAUGAAUUAGGAUGCUUGUGCUGAAGGAAUUCUAUCCCUGGGUAUGAAUAUUUGUGUUUGCAGAUUAAACCCCUUUAUGAAGGAAAAUGGACUAUGUUGAUUGUGAAGUAUGAGGUGAAUUAUUCAUUUUAAUCGUGUCCUCCAUAUCCAUCUGUGUAAUGUUGAAAUGGCAUCCGAGGGAACACGUUCCAAUUCAGCUCAUUCAAAUAAUUUCCUUGAAGACAGUGAAAUAAAUUUGCACGUGGCACGUGACAACGUUCUAGAAAUGUUUCAUGUUUUUCCACAUAUACUUUAAUACUUUUUGGUCUCUUUCGCUGUGAUCUCCUUUUUCCCUUUUUUAGCCCAUACACCCCCACCAAUCCUCUAUAUCUAUGCCACAUCUAUGUCACUUUGCAAUUUUGUAAGGUACAGCCUUUUCCUCUUCCGAGCUAUUAUUUGGAUUACAAGUCUGACUAUGUAGUUGUAUAUAAUGUUAGCACGCCCCUCAAAAACGUAGAAACGAUAAAAAGUCACUGAGAUAAGUCUAAUCUACACUCUAAAUUUCCACCCUUCCUGUUCAGACAGCUGUAGGGGACAGCCGGGACAUUUGGUAGCGAAUUUUUGGAUGUCAGUAAAUAAUUAAGUUUCUUUUUUAUUAAUUAAUUUUCGUAUUAAUCAAUCCAAACAAAACUCACUUAAUAAAGUUUACAAAUACAAGAAAAUUUAACGUUCCACCGCCAAUAAAAUUUGAAAAUACAGAAAUCAAAACAACAAACGAAAUAAAAUAUCUAGGACUUACAAUAGACAAAAAAUUAAACAAUAAUCACAUAAGUAACAUAAUUAAAAAAUCUAAAUUUAGCAUCAAAAAAA